AGUAGACUUCACUGACGGGCAACAGUUGCAACGCUAUCGACGUAGCAUCGGGUGUUUUUUCCCCCCUUUCAGAUACAAAGUUGCAUGUGCCGCUGUGUUAGUUGGUGAGGGGGUCUCGUUGACAAACAUGACCGCAGGCAGCGUCACCGUGCCUCUCAUCAUUCCGAUACGGGUGCCGCCGCCGGGGAAACCUAAACAUGAGGUAGACUCUGCCACACCGGUCGAGAUCAAAUCAGACACCUGUGACGUGAGCGUGUACUUCACUCUGGAUGGCACCAAGCCGGAGCUGAGCAGGAGGAGACCAGGGCUCGGGGAGGGCAGCACCCUCAGAUACACCUCACCUGUCUGCUUACCUGCAGGGAAGGUGACCGUGAAGGCCCUGGCCGUCAGAAGUGAUGGCAGGGAGAGUGCUGUUGUCACCAAGGUGUUCCUGGUGGAACCUGCCGUCCAUGGAGAGAAGGACGACACAGAGACCAAGAUGGGCGACGAACCGGACGCAACUCUCCUGUCCACUAGUGUUGAGAACGGUUCCGGUGACGUUCCAACAGGCAUGAGGGCAUCCAUUGGUUCCAUCUGCAGAACCCCCUCAGGCCCCCGGUUCCUUAGCCAGCGCCUGGGGAACCCGACUCCCACAAGGGGAGUAUCGGGCCCUCAACACACAAAGAGUGUCGACGCAGCAGAGAAUCCUCUCAGAAACCUGACCAACACACACAUGUCCAGAAUUCAACGAGAGACCGACUUUCUCAGGUGUUCCUCUUGUCUGAGCCAUCGUCCGGCGGACCCAUUUGUUCGGUUCUGUUUGAACUGUGGGGCCACCGUACCCCCAGUGCCAGGGCAGAGACUCCCACCAACCGAGGGAGGACAGAUGGCGGUGUGUGUGUCCUGUAAAGCGCUGGUUCCGGUGAACACCUCGUCCUGUGUGGUGUGUGAGACCCCCAUGGCCCCCCAGCUGCAGCCCCAGGCCAACCUCACACUGCAGGACAAAGUAAUCUGUCAGUCAUGUGGGACAGGAAACCCUGCACACAUCAACUGCUGUGUCACAUGCGAGGCCCGCCUACCACAGCCUGCCACACCAGUGUUCAGUGGCCUCAGUGCUCCCCCACUGCCCUGCUCCGAGGGCAAGAUGAUCUGCUGCUCCAAGUGCCGCCGCCUCAACCACUCAGACGCCCGCUACUGCGACUGGUGCGGCGCCAAGCCAGGCCAUGUGGCGCGGUACCUGACGUGUUCCCGUUGCGGGUCCAGCUCGCACCCCUACGCGAACUUCUGCGGCCGAUGUGGCGUGUUCCUGGAGGGGCCUCAGCGGGUGCAGUCCCGCUGCAGCUCAGCAGGGGGAGCCCUGCAACAAGAGAUGGCGUCCGGGGACGGUCGCGGUGUCGUCUGGCAGGUGCCCUCCGCCAGUGGGCCGUCCUUCCCGCAGACGCACAUGCUGGCGUCCGUGGCGGCGUCGACGGUGGAGUGUGUGGACGCGGAGACCCAGACGGCGGGGCUGUUCUAUCCGUCGGCCACGCAGCUGCACCGGAGAGACCAGCAGGAGGCGCUGCAGCAGCUCAGACAGGAAAUGAUGCGGGACAGGAGGCCGCCGCUCACCACCAUCAGUCCAGGAAGAGGAUACUGGCGAAAGCAACUGGAUCACAUCAGCUGUCACUUGCGCAGCUACACACAGAACAAUCUAGAGUUCCGUGGCCUGAUAGGAGAGCCUCGCAUGGGCCGGAUGGUCUCUGCAACGAUCGAGCAGGACAACUUUGAGGUCAGCCUCCGGGUCACUUUUGUUGCGGCCACGCCGGACAAGCCAAAGACUCCGGAGGAGGUGGAGCUGAAGAGGCCCAUGGCUCUGAGUGAGAUCGUUAAUCUGAGCAGCGUCACGGAGGGGGCAAGAGACAACAGACACGUAGCAGAGAACGGUUCCACUCCUGCUGGUCAGAGGAAAAUCCCAAGGACCCAGAAGAAGGCCGUGGAGAUACAGCCUCCAAUCAAAGACAGUCUGCUGCUGAAGGAGGUGGGGCCUGAAGGUGGGGGGCGUGUCGAGGAACUGCAGCAACUACUGGAGGAGGGAGCUGACCCAUCGUGUCAAGACAGUAAUGGUCAUCCAGCCCUGGUUGUCGCGGUAACAAACAGUCACCAUGAGGUCAUUCCUGUGCUGGUGCAACGAGGAGCCGACAUCAACCGCCAAUCAGGACCACUCAACAACACGGCGCUGCAUGUGGCUGCUGCCAUGGGCAACCGCGGCCUCAAGAGCGCCGAGACUCUACUGGGGUGUAGCGCCAGCCUGAAGAAGAAGAACACUCGCGGUCAGACGGCGUACGACGUGGCGGUCAGCUCCGACUGCCGUGAGCUGGUCUCGCUCAUCGCCGCGCGCGCCGGUCAGGGUCUGCUGGACCGCCUCGCCAAACCCAGAACCCGCUCAGGGCUGGACGUGUUCUGAGAACACUGACCCCGCGACCCGACUUGUGCUGGACGUGUUCUGAGAACAGUGACCUGUGACCCGACUUGUGCUGGACGUGUUCUGAGAACAGUGACCUGUGACCCGACUUGUGCUGGACGUGUUCUGAGAACAGUGACCCCGUGACCCGACUUGUGCUGGACGUGUUCUGAGAACAGUGACCUGUGACCCGACUUGUGCUGGACGUGUUCUGAGAACAGUGACCCCGUGACCCGACUUGUGCUGGACGUGUUCUGAGAACAGUGACCCGUGACCCGACUUGUGCUGGACGUGUUCUGAGGAAAAUUACCCCGUGACCCGAUUUAUGCCGUGGCCUUGGAGUCCCCAGUAUGCCAAAGCAGGCCAGUAUUUGUGACUACAGUCAGCACAGGACAUUGGCUCAUGUGAUGGAACCCCCCCGAAAUACCAAUGCCUUCGUUUGGGCACUUUGGAGUUGGGAGUUUGGAGCCUGUAAGCCCAAAGGUGUGCCUUUUAUAAAAAUGUGUUUUAAAGAAAUAAGAAAAAUAAAUUAGAUAAGGCCUCAUGCGAUUUGAUCAUAAAUGGACAGCCUAGACACAACGGCGUCUGGAUUGCUGUGCAAAUUCUCAGUUCUUAACAGCCGAUUGAGGGUGUUACUUGAAACGGAUAGCUCUGAAUGUAAUCCUGUGUGUAUGUAUGUGUGUGU